AUGACUGCCCCUUCCGACGAAACCUCUCCCCUGCUGAAUGGGAGUAUCUCGUCCGCUUCGGUGACUCACACUGCGCGAGAUGCUGCCUAUGCGCGUUUCUCGCCCGCUCAGAAGCGCGUCAUUGUUAUGCUGGUCAGCUGCAGCUCGCUCUUGCCCAGUCAGAUCUCUCUGCAAACGUCUGCAACCUUGCUGAUACGCGCAGUGUUUGCCAGCGGAUCUUUCAUACCCGCCAUGCCUCAAAUAGCACGGGAUCUGGAUAGCACAGGCCCUGUCAUCAGUUAUGCUGUGAGCCUCUCCAUCUUUGGAGCUGCGCUAGGUGGUAUGAUUUUCGCCACCUACUCCUCCUACUACGGACGGCGUCCUGUCUAUCUUUUUGGCUUGCCUCUAUUGUGCUUGGGAUCUCUGGGUGUAUCGAGGUCAAGCACGAUUCCUGCGCUCAUGUGUUUCCGCUUCAUUCAAGCUUUUGGGACAUCGGGCGGAAUCUCUGUCGGGGGUGGGGUCAUCGGAGACGUCUAUCCGUUGACGGAGAGAGGGAGUGCUUUGGGCAUCUUCUUUGCGGCUUCACUUGUGGGAAACGCUAUUGCGCCUAUCGUGGGAGGUUGGGGUGCCCGAUAUUCUUCAUGGCGGAACGUGCAGCUCGGCAUUCUCGCACUCGGACUCGCCGUAUUUCUGGGCAUGCUUUUCUUCUUGCCGGAAACGGCGCAUCCUGGUUCGAGAGGAAUCGAGAAGGACAAGGCAUCGUCUGGCAACGACACGGGGAAAUGGGUUUGGCUCAAUCCCUUCUCCUGCUUGUGGCUUCUGCGUAGCCCAAAUAUUAUGUUUGUUACCUUGACGUCCCUGACUGUGCUAUACACUGAUUACGCUCUCCUAGUGCCGAUUGCGUAUACUGUGGGCAAGAGUUACAAUAUCACCAACGAGGCCAUCAUUGGCGCUUGCUUUUUUCCGAUGGGCUUGGGCAAUCUGAGCACGUCCUAUUCGCAUCUCGGAACUGCAGUGCUCUGAACGUUUCCAGUUGGAGCCCCUCUCGCCGGUUGGAUUUCUGAUCGAGUGCUCAUCCGGGCUCGUCGACUGCGACGUGGUGUAUGGGUUCCCGAAGACAGACUGCUGGCGGCUCUCUCUGCAGGCUACACUUUCGUCCCACUUUCCGUGUUAUUCGCCGGCGUGUGCCUGCAAUUCAUACCCGGAACGCCGGGGCUUGUCCUGACUUUGCUUUGUUUCUUCUUCAACGGACUGGGGGUCGAUCUGGUGCUCAGUCCAGGCACAGCAUAUCUCGUGGAUGUCUUGCAUUCGCGCAGCGCAGAAGUGAUGGCAGGGAGCAUUGGUUUAAGGUCUCUCCUCUUGUCAUUGGCGAUUUCAGGCGUCUUGCCAUCCAUAGAGACCAUGGGCAUGGCGGGAUUCUACUGUCUCGUUGCCGCUCUAGCAUGGCUGGGUGCAAUUUUAUUGCAUGUAACCAUUAGAAAAGGGGAUAAAAUGAGGGCGUGGUUGAUAUUGGCUUCUCUACAGUCGAUACAACGUAAAUUAGGCUGUCAUUAUUCGGUCUACGUCUGCGGGUCGUAAAUAUACAGGCUGGUG